AUACGCAUAUGUUUGCUUAGACAAAAACAUAACCAAAAUGUUGUUGGUUGGCCAGAGGUCUGGUUAGUUUUAUUGCUGCUUGUGUGUGAAUGUGAAUGUGUUCGUAUGCGUACGUGGAUGUGCGUGCGUAUGUGUGCAUACACUCAAAGAAAACACACAGCAGUAACCUGUAGCUACCUUUGGCUAUUGUAGGUGGAAAAUAUCAAAAAGAAACGAUAUCAACGUUAUAACAGCAGGAAAAGAAAAAUGUUGUCUUUACCGUAUUAAAUGGCUUUGAUUAUCGGAUUUUUUUUAUCCCGAUAACGAAAACAGGAACAGCGUAAGCACUAGGAAAAUUAUUAAGACUCCCUAAGCCUUUUUGUGAGAAGCAAUGAAUGUUACCAAUAGGCGUAAAUCAACAGAUACGGAACAGCAACAACAACAGCAGCAACAGCAACAGCAGCAACAUAAUCCUCAACAACAGGUAAUUGCUUAUGUUAGUUGUCGCCAGGCAGCCAGCGCAACGGCAUUAAAUUCAUUGCGCGCCUCGACGGUGGAAGAGCAAGACCAACUAGUAACGUCCACGUCGAGUGAAUGUCUCUUGCCGUUGUGUGAAGGUGAAGGCGAGGAGAUAGCGCUUGAAUUGGAUUCAUUGAUAACUUCACCGGCUCGCAUUAGCAGCAGCACAGUGGGUUACGAUGCAGUAGCAUAUUCUUCAGAUGCCGUAAGCUCGGAAGAGGUUAUGCCCUCAACUUCAGAGCAUGCUUUAAAUGCAUUGGUCGCGAGAUCAGAGGCCGGUACAUCUUCAAGAGCCCUUCAACUUAGUAUUAAUAGCAACAGAACUGCCAAAAUAAACGAGAUGGUCGCCCGCGAUAUGGCGCCUACCACGGUAGCAGGUGGUGCAGGGACUUCACAUGAAAUGAAUACAGCAGCUACUAGCCGUAAUAGUGGCAGUGAUUCACUGUCCGCGAAUGAAAAUCAUAAAAUCAUAUUGAAACUAAGCAAAACGUCUACAACAGCACCGGAAUCUCAAAUAUGUCAAAUAGCACCACCGAGCGUGGUUGGGAACGAUGAUUUACGCAAAGUAGAACCCUUGAAAAUCAACCUGCAUGGUUCGCAUUCACAUCCCACCAUUAAAACGCCUGACGUUACUGGCUCAUCAGAAGAAUGUUCCUCCUCAGCCGAAGAUGAGAUAGUCUGUAAAAAGCACAGCCACGAGCCGCAUAUAGUGCCCAAGUUGACAAUAAGAGCGGCUGUAAAUGAGGAGCACGGUACAUCGCAUACCUCCAUUGUACCUAAGUUGACUAUAAAAAUAAAUGAUUCGUCCUCUACGGAUAUAGGCGGUAGUAGCAGUGGUAGUGGUGCAAUGCAGCCCGCGGCCGCUACGCCUCCGCUGCCAAAGUUAACCAUUAAAACUGGUGUAGAUGGCCAUAGCGAAUCAAUUAUUAGCAAUGUUUCACCUGCUUCAAGUACCACGUCCUGUUCGUCAUCUUCGAAUUCAUUGUCUUUGUCCUCUCCAGCCAUUAAUUGUUUAAAUAAUAAAUGCUUAACGAGCGGUAAUACAUGCGCAGCGGGUGUCCAAAGCAUACCUAAAAUAACUAUUAAAUCGUUACAAAAACCCGCAGAAAAAGAAAACUCUGAAAAUACUGCCAGCAACAGUGCGGCGAUUGGGGCAUGUGUUGGAACAAUACCCAAACUAACAAUUAAGACAUGUUUACCGAUUUGCAAUGAAGCAAUGGACGAUUGUUCAAGUGCUAAAAUACCCAAAUUAACUAUAAAAACGGGACAGGAGCAUGCCGUUAUAAUAACUCAGCAUAACGACAGUAUAAACACAUCAGGCAUACCCAAAUUAACUAUAAAAACCAAGUCACUGGAUAUCCCGGAAGAUGGCAGUGAGUCACCGGUAAACGAAAUUAACGAAAAAAUUCCAAAAAUUACUAUAAAAACUUCCAAUAACAGUGAAACUGCAGCGGUCGUACCGAAACUUACGAUCAAUGUGGCGCAACUGGAAACUUCUAAUAGUCCGUCGUCUCCUAAACAAGCUGUACCGAAACUAACAAUAUCCCGCCAACAGACGGACAUGAUUGUCACGAAUCAUCAUUUGCUUGCGCUGUCCGCCAAUGAACAUGAAGUGACUGUACCUAAGAUGACAAUCAAAACCCAAAAUAAAGGAGACAUAAAAUCGAAACAUAGUUUAAAACCUUUAACAAUAAGACGAACUUCUCCCAUAGAAAGUAGUGGCGGUGGAGGUGCAGGCGAUGAUUCUACAGAAGGUGAAAUGGAAGAAGAAAGAGAACGGCAGGCUAUGGCGUCAGCUAAGUUAGUACCUAAAUUGACUAUCAAAAACUUGGGAUCACCGAAACUCAAAAUGAAAGUAGUCCGAGAAAGUGACCCGCAAGUAGAUGUAUCAGUGAGCAAAUCGGCAUCCGCUGCCUAUACAAUAAAUGAAACGGUUGUUGGUGUUGGUGUUCCUGCUGCAAGAAGAGAACCCGGAGAAUUCGAUGAACUUAUACAUGUAGCCAAUGGUGGAGAGUCCAGCAGUAGUCAGGAAUUUUGUGGUUUCAGUGACAACAUUACUAAUGCAAUGGUAUUGUUUAGCAACUGCAGCGACGUACAGAGAGUCGAAAAGAACCGACGCAACUCAGAUGAUAUGGAUAUUGACGAGACUCUUCAACAGCAACAUGAUCCUCAAAUGUUUAACAAUCUAGAACACUUUACUGAACACGACCCUCCCAUAACUGUGACAAAUGGUUCUUUAGCACCACUUAAACUACCGUCGCAAGCGGCGCAUAUUAUUGAUACAGUAGAUCUGACGUCUUCUCCAUCGCCGGGUAAUUCACCAGCUCAUUUCAACUACAACGAGGAGAGUAAUUGUGCGGUCAGUGAAGCUCCGAAAACAGUUCCAGCUACAAAUAUAUUGCUCGAGUGCUUGCAGAGGGAACCUAUACCUCCACCUUUACGAAUGCCAUCGCAACUGUACGAGCAGGUAGCUUUGCCAACUUUACAAACUAAUCUUUGCACUGUCAGUCCGGCCUCCUUAAAAUAUCCGCAACUAGCUGAACGUUUGAUGGCAAACGGCACCUCUAACAUAAAUAUUUUAUCGCAGGCUGCGUGUGCGAUAACCAACCACAAUGCAGAUGUCCUAUCUAGAGGAACGGUAUCAGAGAAAAUCAUUGAUUCUAUUGAAAUUCUAGACACACCUGAAGGGAGCCCACGGCGUUCCUUAGAUGAUAGACCUGGAGCAAUAAGUCCUGUUCUGGAUAAUCAGAAAUCCGUGCUACCCAAUGGCUUGCAUAGCCACCAACAUCAUUUAGAGACAAGCAAUGCGUCUCUCGAAGUUUUCUCACACAACAAUAAUACGGUGAUCACUUCAACUUUUGCAAAUAACACCAAUUUAAAGAGACCCGCUUCUAUUUCAACACCAGAUAAUUGCAAUGAUAUGGAAUUGGAUAUGACACCGAUUAAGCUGCGUUGCAUUGAAAAUGAUAGCAGUACUAUGGCGACAGUGACUUUUCUGACAGAUAACGACAGAACGUCCUCACCAACGGUAAUAAUGACGUCUCCUACUCAAAUCAACAAUGUUAUGUCUCAGUGUCAAACGACAGAGAGUUUUCAAAAGAACGAAGCUGUCGUACCAGUAACAUCGUGUAAUGUCCCACAAAAGGCUCAAAGUGCUACCACUACUCAUCAGAGAUUAAGAAAACAACGUCAUGAGCACUUAUUGCCAAUAUCCAUGGAUGAAGUGGACCCCACCCAACUUAAUUCUAACGAUAGUUUGGAUUUAAAUCGUAUUAAUACUACAGAUAACGUAAGCGAGCUAACGGCGGUUACUCAAGGCAAAAGACGUGGCAGGCCGAAGAAGUCUUCUAUUGACAUGAAGGAUGCUAACGCCACACCUGUAUUGGCUGCAACCGCGGCUGAGCAAGCCUCUAAAUCGCGACGGGUGCAAUUAUUGCGUAAACGUUUAGCGAUUGAUAUGGUGGCUGCUGAGCAGCCUUUACCUAUCAUAGAUGAACAAUUGGAAUCAACAAUAGCAGCAGCUAGCGGCGAUGACAACAGCAGCAGACAAGAUCUUGAGGAUUUAGAAACACCAAAAAGGGAACGCACUCUACGUGCACCUUUGCGAUCGUCACGGCGUAGUCAGACACCCACGGUAAAUGUAACAACAGAAACUAAAGUAAAGACACGAAAUAGUAAUGUUAACACAAACACCCCCAUAACAACUGACAGCAAAUGUACAAUGAUGACCUCAACAAUACAGCACAAAAAUAAUGCUAGUGAAAGCAUACUCAAUCAUUUUGGUGGCGGUUCAAACUCCAGUAUGUCAUCUGUCAUCUCUACCUGUUCAGCUAGUUUAAUGACGAACGCAACCAGCGCUAUGGUGACAACCGCAGGAGCUAGCAAUAGCAAUGUGUUAAAUAUGGCCGCACAAAUAGAUCUUACCAUGUCUUCGUCGUCGUCAUGUGCUAGUAAUAGUAGCACUACGGCUACUACGACAACAGCAGAUGUUGGUGGCUCUUUGCAGUCGCAGCAAACCAACAGUAGUAGUGGUGGCGCCGGUGGCGGCAUUAGCGUCAGCUGUGUAAGCGGAGGCGUGGGUGGCGGAGGAAGUAGUAAUAAUUCUAUGUUACCACCAACGACUAUUCUCUCAUCUUCAGAUCCUUUACCAGAUGUGGUAUUUAGACCAAAUGAUUUUUCCUCCAUAAUCGUAACUCAGCAAUUAAGACCUCCCCUAUUUAUGACGCGGACGCAAAAUGAAAUGCAAGAUGAAGAAAUGAGAGCUCUUAUGGAUGAUAAUCGAAAUGAAAGUAGCGCUGACAAUUCGGGAGAUGAUUCGGCGACAAGCACCUCUUCCACAUCGUAUACACUUGGUCGUGGUCGUGGCCGGGGUAGGGGCAGUCGCGGUGGUGCUGGCCGUGGUGGUAGUGGCCGCGGUCAUCGAGCUCAUCGUUUAGGACGUGGCGCAAGUGCCGUUGCUAAAGCCAUUGCAAUGAGUCGGCCGCGUUGCGUAGGCGCUCUUAAACAUACCCCCGAUCCCGAACGUAUUAAAGGUCUUUUCAGUCCAUCGCCUCAGGUAUUUGAGGAGGAUACUCGCAUGAGUGCCGACUUAAGCCAAAUUCAAGUAUCGCCAGCACAAGUAGGGUCUCAAUUAGAAAUAUCACAAAUACGGCAACCGGAAUUUUUGAACAAUGAAGAAUCUCAAUCGUCGGUGGUUAGCUGUAAUAGUAUUUUGGAUCCAAAUGUCUCUCAAAUGUCUAUUGUACCCUCCACACCGCAAAAUUCCUCUACUGCUGGCGGUUCUGCAUCAACCGUUAAAAAACCGAAAAAGAAAAAAAUGGAAGUGUGCGUGGCCGAAGAUACGGAAUUUACGGUAGCCUCGAUAGCAGAAUAUGAUUGGCCACCGCCUAAGGGUUGUUGUCCCUCCAAAAAUCGUGACACAUUUAUGAUACAGGAGCAGGUUGCUUUAUAUUUGGGCAUAAAAAGUUUCAAACGAAAAUAUCCUGAUCUGCCACGUCGUCAAAUCGAUAUGGAAGAACGCAAUUGGCUACAAGAGAAGGGACUGGUGUCUGAGAAAAUGUGCGAUUUAGGCAUUACCGCUGUAUGGGCCUCUGAUAUAUUGGACAUUAUGUACACUGACUUUUAUGAAAAGUACGAGGAAUAUAAAGACUUUGUAAGGCAAAAGCAUUUACGCGAAAUAGAGGCUAAACAAAAGGCAUUGGGCUUGAAUGUGACCGGUCGAGGAUUGCAAGCUCGUGAUCGGGCCAUGCUGUCGGCUAGCAAGUGGAAUGCAUAUUUUAAUAAGACACGUAAAGAAGAGCGUUUAAAUUGCUUGGAUCUACAAACGUUUACGAUCAAUAAACCGAUGCCAGCUACAUCUCCUACAGCCACUCUAGUUAACCGUCCUGUAGCUGAGGCUGUGGCAAUGGCAGUCAAAUCAACGCAGCUAACCGAGCCUCCCACAUUAUUAAAAGUGCGUAUAAGUGAUCCGCCACCGCUAAGAGAUAUCUAUUAUCCGUUGUCUUUAGUGCCAGGACAAUUUUGUGAGAAAUACUAUGAUUACACCGCCCAAGAAUUAAGACGUUUCCCUCUUAACACACUCCUGGAUCCUAUGCAAGGACUAUAUGCUUCGAAAACUAUUAAUAAUAGUUGCAGCACUGAUACCGACUCGGCGGCUGAAACAGCUGUUACAGAUAAAAAUUUCAAUACCUGCCCAAGCAAGGAACGUGUUAAAAAGCGACGUUCAAGAAGAGCACGUACAAAACUUUCCAGUAAAAGAGAAGACUUUAAAUUACCUCACUUGCCGGGUCAUAAAACGUUGGCUAGUUCUACUGAAUCAGGGUCAGGUUCAACAUCGGAGGAUAGUAAUUCAAGUGAAACGGAUUCUGAUAGCUGCAGUUCUGCUUCAUCGUCAACAACGUCCAUCGUCGCAGAAUCAACAGAUGACGAAUUCCCCACAAUAUCAAUUUGUUCGGUAUGUCAACGACCACAAAAUCGCAAUCUAAAAGAUAUGCCCGAAUUAUUUAUACAGUGCUAUACUUGCCGGCGAAAAGUUCAUUCCAGUUGCGUUGAAAUGCCACACCGUAUGGCUGUGCGGGUACGUAACUAUAAUUGGCAAUGUGUUGAUUGCAAGUGUUGUGUCAAAUGUAAACGGCGACAAGAUCAAAAUAAAAUGCUUUUCUGUGAGCAAUGCGACCGCGGUUAUCACAUUUACUGCCUAGGCGUUAAAGCAGUGCCGGAUUACCGCUGGAGUUGUGAGCGUUGUAGCAUUUGUAUGCGUUGUGGUGCUACUAAACCAGAAGGAAUGCCUGUCACGCAACAAUCCGUUUUGAUGUCACCGAAUGGUGAAAAACUGAAACAGGUUAAACACAAAAAAGUGAAAUGGAUUAAUGAAUAUCGUAUUGAUCAUAUAACUAAAUUAAGAGAACACUGUUCCAUGUUGUGUGUACCGUGUGGCCGCAUGAAAAGUAACAAACGUGUACAAAUAGCUACUCAAUUAAAUACUGUGAACACUAUAAAUCAACAAAACACAAUAACAAGUCCGUUGCAUAAUAAUAAUGUGAGCAACAACAGUAGUAGUUCGUUUUCUCCCAAUAAUAAUAAUAAUAAUAAUAAUAAUAAUAAUAAUAAUAAUAAUAAUAAUAAUAAUAGCAAUGCACGUACCACCAAUACUAUUGGAUCAUUAACAUCGCCUAAUAGCACAGAAAUUUCCGCUAACAAUGCUGAAUCGAAUGCAACAGUCAUUGUUUCUUCAGGCGUCAAUCAUAAUUCGCAAAAUUCUAUAGUCACUACGUCGCAUGCACCUACGCCCAUAGCCUCUCUAUCGACAACAACAACUGCAUCUGCAAUGGUAACUGAGACUUUAGGUGGUGCUAUCGGUGCACCACCUGUGGUUGCCUGAGUAGGGGUUAUACGUUAUUGUCCCAAACAACAACCGCCACCGCUACUUCCUACUGUAACGCCUUUAACAAAUUUAUAGCACUUGUAAACCACCUUUAAUUAAGUAUUUUAAUGAAAAUACUAUUGGCUUAAUUAUAGGCAUAUAUAUAUAUAUAUAUAUAUAUAUAUAUUUUAAGAAUAUGCGAAAAGUACAGGAAUUGUUAAUAUGAGAAACUUUUUUAAUAUUUAUUGUUUCGUCCUGCAAUCCGUAUACAAUCCAUAUAUAUAUCAUCACAAACGAAUUAAUUUUUUCACAAAUCAAAUUUAAUUAAUGUCCGAUACGUUUUUAGCAUAAAUCAGAUCUCAGUAUUUCUUCUUCUUUUUUUUUUUUCUUUCUCUUUCAAUCAAUUGCUUUGCUUCUCUUCUAAAAAAUUGCCGAAUAACAAUUGGUUUGAUUUUGAUCUUAGAAACGUUACCACCAAAAAAAAAAAAAAAAAAACAAAAAACAAAAACAAAAAAAUAGUCCGAAGUUCACAAGAAAAAACGUUGCUUUCUUUAAACAACUACAGCGGCAGCAGCUAUAUAUGAUAAGUUUAUUUAAAAGUCUCUAAAUCACAGGGAAAAAUUCACACAGAAUGGUCUCAUCAUUAGACGAAGUGGUGUCACGACCGCAUUCAAUCCAUUCAUUGAAUUCACAUUUGAAAUCUUCUGAUGGUGCUUUGUUAGCCCUUUGAAUGUUGUUAGCCCUAAUAAUGUAAUAAUGUAUAAUAUACACUUAUAUUAUACUAUACGAAUAUAUACAUACACAUUAGAGGGCAGAAGAAAGAUAUGUUCACUCUAAAGGCUAACACAACAUCAUCAUAUGAAAUUUUCAAGUGUUAAUACUGUUAAUACUGUUGAAACUGAAUGCUGAAAAUUACAUAAAAAAAACAUCAUAUUGCUAUUAUAUAAAAUUUUCAGAAUCGAAUCCUCCGUUCAUAUGUUUACACAUUUUCUAAAUAUAAUUUAAUAAUUAUUCCUUCAAAUUACAUUUUCUCUUAGUUUUUUGCUCGCAGACUCAAAUUUCGAAAGGUUACAGAAUCAGGUUCUUAUCAGGUACCUGUGUCUAAGAUAAAUCGCGCCAUACGUUACGAUCACAAGCAUUCUAUUCAUUCUAUGUAGGCAUCUGCUGCUGCUUCCAUAGGCAAUUGGAUUAACGUUAUCAUUACUGGCACUGGCCAUAUUGUUCAUUUUACUUUCGUUUUCGAUAACUAAGCCAAAAGUCUUUGAUUCCAAUAAUUUCAAUUAUUUUAAGUCUUUCUUACAUAUGAAAUUCUCAGGACAUCUACGUCAUCGUUCUGCACGUACAAAUUGCAUUAAAUGUGCGUUGCUUGCCUUUUUAUUCGUUCCUUUUUUUUUUAUUCCGACUUUGUAUGUUGCACUGUGAACAUCCAGAUCCAAAAAUGUGAAAUUUCGCCCGAUUGUUUCUACGAUGAUGAUUUUCCGCUCAUUUAGAAAAGCAAAGCUAAUUAGCAUCCAAAAAAAAAAAAAGAAUCCAUAGAAAUCUGUGGUAACAGCGUCUAAUAUAAUACAAGCAUAUUACUGAAGAUGGCUGAGAAGUUGCAAUUACAGAAGUAAACAGUGAAAAGAAAUAUUUAUUCACAUCCGUCUUGAAACUAAUCCCUAAUAUUUAUUAACUCAAUACGUUGGAACGGGAACAUGUUGCGUUAAAUGCAGGCACGCCGAGUAACAUUACAAAAUAAAAUUGUAUCACCUUUUAGGUAAAAACUCUUAUUCAGCGAUGAAUAUUGAUUGACUUCCUCUUUUCGAUGCUAUGCCAUCGUUCGAGUUCGCGGAAAAUGAAAUGCGUGGAAGUGAUGAAGGCCGAAGAAUUUGGUGGCAAUGCGCGCCCGACGAAUCUUUCAAUUUCAAAAAUUUUGCACUUUAGGUAUUCCAUGGAGAACAUAACAAAACGGUAAAAAGAAAUUGUGUGUAAUCCACCCUUAAUUAACAUUGAAGAGAUGAAAACAGAUAAAGUUUCGAUGAUAACUAACUGUCUCGGUUGUCUCUUAACUUGUAGCUAAGCUUGUAAAAGUUGUACGACGUCCGACGUAACAAUGCUGCGUUGAUAUGCGAAGCUGAGCUAAUAUAUUAGAGAAGGGAUUAAUGGUAGAGUGAGUGUGGAAUGCCAUCAUCAGAAGUAUUUCAAAAUUUGUAUAUCAGUUUUCAUGGAUAUUAAAGGUUCGGGUACUCGAAUGGGUAGAUCAGCAAAACCUGAAGAAUGACAAAAAAAUUGGAAUGUAUGUGUUGCGAUUGUGAGAAAAUUCUUCGAAAUCAUAUAUACCCACACCAUUACCAUAAUGUUAUGCUAUAUACUCCAAUGACAGUGUCAAAGUCAAGUGUUAUGAGUGUGGACACGGAGCCCAUAUUCUGUACCCUAUUCUGUACCUUCUAUACUGCACAUAAAACCCUUUUAUCCUAUAUACUCUUCUAUACCCUACGUACAAAGUGCUCCUCGUCCAAACCAAUAACACUGUCUUCAUUAUCGUUAUUAGAGUAUAGAUAGCAUAGCGCUACGAUUAUUGUGUAUAUGAUCUCGAAGAACAUCCGUAUUUAUACUGAUGUAAUCAUAUCAAUAACUCAACCAAAUAGCAUUAGUGUUGUCAUAAGGAGGCUUUAGAAGGCUCUAGGUACGACAUUUUGUUGCAUGUCUUUCCUUUCUGUGAUCCCGUUAUCAGCAUAGCAUUAUGGUCGUUGGUAAGAUAUAUGAUCUCGCAAUCAUGCAAACGAUUACGCCAUAUAUAUAGAUUUGAAUUCUUUAGCAUAUAUGGAUGUAAUUACCGAUCUAUCCAUUAUUAUUAAUAGGCGUAUUAUAUAAUUUCCAGCUGCCGUAGAAUUCAGACUAUGUGUACCGAAGCGGCCCGAUUAUGACGAGGCUCUUUCAAAGCGUGCAAUAUGCACUUGUGGUUUGGAUGCAUUCGAUGAAGCAUGCAUUUGACUAAAUUUCCCGCUAGUUUUUGUAUAGCCGAUGACUUGUCCUCAUUUCCGUUAGUUAUCCGUUAGUUAGUGUUUCUCUAGCGUUUCUAUUAAGUUUCAAAUUAAUAUUCGUUUUUGUUUUUUCGGCAUCGUGAUCAUGAUUGGGGUGGAAUUUGAUUUGUGCGACCUAUUACAACAACCCAACAUACAAUCAAACUUUUGGCGACAAUGAGCGUUCAAAUUAGAUCGACUAGUGCCUGAAAUGUCGAUUUGUCGAAUUGUUUUUGAACCUAACUAACAAACAAAUUGUACUUUAUAAGAAAUUAAGAAUUUUCUGCUUUUUUUGUUCGAGGUGAAGCAGGUUUUAAAUCAUGUUUGUCCGCUUGACGUUUGACGUUAUACUACAAAAGAUGGUUAUGUUGUCUAUCACUGUUACGCAAUGGGCCAACUUUCGUUUAUUGUUGACAUCGUCAACAACUACGUAGAAUAAUUUUUUUUUUUUUUGAAUACAUUUAUGCCGCAUAAUGUAUUAAAUAUUCUCGCUUAUGUAUAUCGCAGACGCAUUCUUCGAAGCAUAACUGCAAUCCUUUGCCAAUUUGUAAAUUACUUGAGCGAUUAUCUAUUUUAAGGUUAAAAAUAGAAAAAACAAACUUUUAAGGCACAAGUCAUUAUUAUAUUUUUACUGAAUUUUUUCUUCGCUAAAGUGAUGUGACCUUUAUCUCCAAUUACAAAAUUCUAGACGCGUUAGACGUGCGCGUUUCAUUUCACACUGAUUUAGUUAUUUGCAUUUUUCAGCUGCUCCCAUCAAUCAUCAAUACGAUGAAUUUGUGCAAUGUCUGUCCUUAUCACUAUUCUCCAGAUCAUUUCUCUAAAAGUUUUCGGCAUUUUGCGUAACUGUCGUUUUAUUUUAUAAUAGUUUAAGUCUUUCAUUUAAAAUUGCAAAACUAUUUAAAAGUAUUUCCCUUGGUAAAAGAAAAAAAAAAAAAAACAAAUUGGCGGACCUUCAAAAAAUUGUUAGAAAAUUGCGUUUAUGACAACUCUCUACAUCAGCGCCACCAUAUUACAGGAAAAAAUAAUUGGUGACGCGUUACACUCACGUACAUAGCUAUGGAAUACAAUAUAUUUAAUUAUUAUACACAAUUAUGCAAUACGAAUAAGUUGGAUUUAAUAUAUAUGACGGUCCGAAUGUAACGAAGCGCACAAACGCCUGCCUUUCACAGUCGCAGCUUUCUUGUAUACCGUGGCAUUUAUUUGAUAUAUAUAUUCUUACGUUUUCACUCGCAUACUUUCAUUUCAAUUACUUUUAGAUCCACUAGUGGCGACGUUGUUCAAUUAUUAGGGCAGGGCGGGCGGUGGUAACUUUCUUGGCUUUAUUUUAAAGUGGUUUAAAAUUCUUAGCCAAAAAAUUACGAACAUAGAAAGGGAGAGAGAGAGAGAGAGAGAGAGGGAGAGAGAGAGAGAGAGAGAGUAAUGAACACAAAGGUGGUUAAUAGGAUGUGUGGUCUCUCUUUUAUUCUUUUUUUUUUCUUUUCUUUUUUUUGAUAACACUUAUUUUUGUUCUAUAUUUAUGAUUUUCUUUGUCUUUUUUUUCUUUUUUUUUUUUUUCUAAAGAUCUUAACUACAAGAAAAACCUAUGUAUUUAGUAAAUUAUAAAAAUAUUAAUUAAAAGAGAAAUUAAAAGCCAACAAACAAAUACUUAUAUUAAGAUUAAAUGAUAAUUUAAGUGAAAUUAUUGAGGAAAAAAGAAAAUGGAAAAAAAAAAAAAUUGAAAAUAUAUUAGCUGUUAAUAAAUAACCCAUAAAAGCACCUUAAAAAAAAAAAAAAAAUUUAACUGCUAAUGAAAACAAAAAAAAA